CGCAUCUGUAGUACUGUACUGUAAAAAUUCUAAUUCAAAUCGUAUUUUCACUGAGGUCAGGAUCUAGGCUAUUUUAGAUCUAUGAAUGUUGACAACUUCUAUUCGUCGUUCAGUAGCUAUUUGAUGGAGAAGAAAUGGUUUUGAAAUGUUACUCUGAACGGAGAGGUGACGUCUGAAGAUGAAGACGUUCAAGCUUUGGGUUCAUAAAUCCGACUUCAGUGAGGAAGAGAUUGUAAUCUGUCAAGAAGAUCUGCCGCAGUGUUCUGUUGGUGAUGUGCUGGAAAUACACCACCCCGGUGAUGAGUUCAGCCGACUUUUGUUGAAAAUCAAAUCCAUCGGCCAUCCACUCAAAAAUGGAGUUAUCAGCGUCCAGGAGAACGUUGCCAAACAGUUUCAGCUUCGAGCUCACCGUGAUGUCCAAGUCCGAAAAAUGGCGCCGCAGGACGUGGAGGUCAACUUGGUGGAGCUUGUUCUCAAGGACCAGUAUGUUGGACGCAGUGACAUGUACCGGAUGAAACAAUCACUGAUUGGGUCAUGCGCUUACGUCGGCAAGAAACUGAACUACAGCGGAAUGCGGAUCAGUGUACGAGAGAUGUGGCGCAAGAACAGCAAAGUCAUGUGCGGCUGUAUCUCCGAGCAAACGCGGAUUGUUUACCGGUCGGCUUCAGCGUCCAUGCUGUUUCUUGUCCAGCUCAGUUCUGAGAUGUGGCAGUUCAACAAGAAUGGCGAGCUGUUCCUGGAAACUGCCAUUGACGGCUUCUUUGCUGACCUGAUAUCACACUGGAAGCGGCAGCAGUGCAACCACCAGAUGACCAUUGUGCUGUUCUCACGAUCUCUCUAUACGGCACAAGAAUACGAUCUUCUUUCACCUAAGCAGCAGCAACUUCUCUGCCAAACGUGUGAUGGAAACUACUAUCAAGACUUUUACAGGGUUGUGGUGGACAGCGAGAGCCGAUCGGACUGGGGUGGGCUGCUGGGAUCGCUACGGCAAGCCUUUCUACAGCACUGCAGAACAAUGAACCAGCAACAUGAGGAGCUUGGCUGUGGCAUCAACUCCCCUGCUAGCCGUGGCAAUCUUCUUGAAGCACUCAAUAUGGCAGUAAACGCGUAUAGUCGUCACUACGUGGACUGCAACUUUGAGAGGAAUGGACAGCAGGUGAUCGUGGUGACGUCCGGCGUUGGUGUCUUUGAGGUAGAGCGUGACUUGAUGACGCUGACCAAGCUGCGCAUUGUCGAGCUGGGCAUUGGUGCCGACCUGGUGUGCCUGGCUGAACAGCCUCUGCACCAUGUGCCCCUGUUCAUCUUCAGCUCCGGCCCUGGUGUCAAUCCGUACAAGAUUCCCCACUGGAUAAACCAUAGCUAUUACAAACCGAAGAAGGCUGCCAGUGACGUCCAGUCGCGCUUCCAGCCGCGUAUACAUAUGCCCAAGCAGUUCAGUCCGAUAGGCUUUCAGAAGUCCUGCUCGCAUAACGGCAUUGAGAUCAACGCCAUGACCAGCUCGUCCGGUCCUCCUACCAAUCUGCUGGUUACACGCUGUGAGAGGGUGUCGAGUGCCAGUACAAGUGGCACUCCCAUGCCAGAUAUGUCACUCAGCGUGCAACGUUUACACUUUGACAUUGCUCAGCUGGACUUUGACGGUUAUGAUGGCAAUGUAUUUGCCUAUCACACCCGAAACCGGAGCAAAGCCAAGGGGCCGAUGGCAACGAAGCAGCGUUCAAGGAGCACGGAUGACCUGAUGAAGGUAUCGCCAGAGGAAGACCAGCGUAGCCGUACGUCUACAUCGCAUCCGCUCGUCGGGUCUCCGCCGAUGGCCGUUCCGGGCACGCGCCGGGGCCGGUCUGCAUCACGUGACACGCCAACUUCCUAUCGCUCUCCUGUGUCCAGUCGCCAUGCGUCCGUAACGCACAGGACAGCGGCUCUGCCGACGUCACUACGCAUCUCCUCCACCAGCAUGCCAAAGGCACGCUCCUUUCAGCAGAGCGGACUUGGCAGCAACCAGUCUGCGAUGCAUCUGUCAUCGUCCGCGUCCAGCAAAUCCAUGUCUCGCCCGCACUCCCUGGAGCUACUGAUCAAUCCGUUUUCCAACCAGCCGAAACCCAAGAUGACAGCAAACAACGCCCGAUGGAGACAGGCCUUCCCAGUGGACGAUUCUGGAAAACCCAUGCAGGAGCAUCACACUGUGGUCCGCGAGACUAUGUGCGGUGUGCCCGAGGAAGGAGAGCCCGAUGUUGUCUUCUUUGCAGGCGCCGAAGAACCGGAGUUUGACGAAACGGAUCGGCAGCGUCUACAGGAGCGUUUCUCUCAUGCCGGCCAUGCUGCAGUGGCAGCACGUAACGCGUCCAGUGCUGGUAGUGGUGAUGAGCUGGUCACACUGGAUUCCAGUAUGUCCACCAUGCAAGAGGAGUCGCUCAUGCGACAGCCAUCAUCGCAGAACAAGUCCAACAGCCUGCUAUCAAGUUACCACUCCAGCAAGCGACUUCUGCAACCGGCCGAGAACGCUGUGCCCUCCGAGUACACGGAGAAGCAGGAUUUCCUGAAGGAGGUUCGUCUCGAUUGGAAGUCACUGGCUGAGCCGGCCUGUCUUCCGCUGGGUACUGACUUUGAACCGGAGAACCUGAGCACGGACUUCAUGGAGUCCCAGUACACGCUCUACUACGACGACGAGAAGUGGGACACGCAGAUGGAACGGGCAGCGGCUGACGUGGCCGGUCACCCCGACCUGUCCGAGCGCCAGAUCUUCUUUCAGCUGGUGCUACAGCGAUUGGGACAGGGAUUUCAACUGAUCGACAGCAAGUUCAAGGGCGAAGUACAAACGUUGAAGUUGGAAACUGGCCAAACUAUGCCCAUGCGGUCUGAGUACUGGCUUGUGCUUGGCCAGCAUAUCCAUCGACUGCGUCUGCAGAGUGCUAGCUCUGGUAUUGAGAUAACUCGCUACAAACCAAGGUACCAAUAUGCAGCUUCACCUAUCAACUAUAAGUACUCCCUGUCUUGUCAGAGUUCAUGCUGCUCUACGAUGCACAAUGUCCAGUUCACACAUCCCACCCUGGACGAGUAUAACUGGAACUACCUGGACCAGUACGUGUGUGGUGACCGGUCAUUCUGCGAUCUAUUGGAGUCUCUGAAAUACUGGCGCUGUUGCUUCCUGCUCCUGCCACUUGUGACAGCGACUAAAUCCGGGCAUUCUCAAUCCGGCUCAACCGAGGAAGGUCCUACUGUAGCACAGUCUUCUUCCAAGGUGUCUGUUUCAGAAGCCCUCGUUGACUCUGCCUUCAUCUCGGGCACGGAUUACGAGGCAACGCGGCCAUCGGCCAAGGCCUGCCUCCGCAAUUUUCUCCGUUUCGUUGAUCUUCUCAACCGCAUACGCCGCUCCAGUAAAAGCAAGGCACAGGUCCGAUAUGUGGUACAGGCCAGAGUUCCCGAUGACGGCAGCACCUCAACAGCUGGUGGACAAGUAUCCUCUGUGUCGUCUACUGCUAGUAUUGCUGCUGCAGCCAUAUCUUUGGAUGUGAGUUCACCGCUGCUAGAGAUCUGGAGUGCCAUGCAAGGAGCACAUGGUGUGGACACAAUGGAUAGUGUUGUUGACUUACCAAACAACACAUUUCUGGCCUUGGAUGGUAUUGACUGGCUGCUGUCACAUGUAGUUGGUCUCUCUAAUCGACACCAAGCCUCAAUGCUGGCACAGAGUUUGAUGGAUAGUAAUUACAUUCAGCAUGCGUCCGGUGAGCGCUCGCUUGCAUUCCUCGACGGCGUUCACUUCUACUCGUUUGUGUCAGCGGAGGAACGGGAGAAGCGAACUGGUGAAUCGAGUCCGACAUCUUCAUCUCUCUUCCCAGCCUCUGGCAGCAGUGACGUAUCUCCACUGGAGCACUUCCAAAACACUUGGUUUGAAGUCGCUCUGCCGGAGUCAGCACUCAGUCGCCGUGCAUCUAGCUUCAUGCACUGCAGUGCCAGUCCGCAUGUGUCUUCCUUUGUGACCAGUCAGGAGAUGGACGUAGAGAAGAACUUGGAGAAGGGCACCAGUCCUGGAUGGAUGAAGCGCAACGUCAACUACUUUGACCCGGGUAGCCUUGAGCACAAUGAUGCAUCUUUGGACCGUGCCACGAGUAAUACCCUCAAAACAAUGGUGACGCAGUCGCACGCUUCUGGCAGAUCGGACAUGCCAGAAUGGUGUGCAGUGCGAUACCCGGGUAGCUAUGAGCCUAACUGCGCGUUCCACUUUGAAGUCCAGUGGAUGGUGGCGACGUCAUCUCUGGUCAAUGAUAUGGUGCAAGCGUGGGCAAGAAAGGCAUCAUCGUGCGGCUUUCAAAUGCUACCGGCUCCGAUGCGCCCGUUUGACAAGUCUGCACACCCGUUGCAGUGCGGAACGUUUGUGUCAAUGGACAUUGAGUACAUCCUCACAGCAGAAGAACGGGAUCUCAUCACAAUGGCAACACUGUUGCAAGUUCAGUCGCUACUCUUGGACAGAUUGUCUUUCUUAGCCGUGCCACACCUGGGAUUAACGAGUACAGCUGAUGCGAAACUAAAAGCUGAUGCCAACCUCCAAGGAAUUCCAUACGUCCAUCUCUCGGGAGUGGGCUUUGCACAGCCGAUAGUUGCUGAGCUAAGCACCGAGCUGGGAAGAUGCACUAGUAUUUCCACCUUAUUGCUGUCCUCCUCACCAACUGAAUCCAGUGAUGGUGAUCUACCAGCUGUGGAGCUGGAUUCGCUGCCCAAGCCAUGGCACUUCAGCAAGGUUGGUUUCCUGUUCAUGCCGAACGUCAUGCUCGGGGGACGUUGGAAAUCUCACACGCCAGAGACGGACAAGACAGUGUGUGAACAGCUGCAGGCCAACUGCAGUGACAAGUCUUUGCUGCGUCAACUGCUAGACCAGGUCGAGAUCACAAUGAGCUAGCAACUGCUGGACGAUGUGGAGAUCAUGUUGAGCUAAUGUCAACUGCGAGACCACGUGGAAAUCCCGACGAGCUAGUAUGUCCAGCAACUGCUACAGCAGGUCGAGAUCACGGCGAGCUGACGUCGAGUGACUGCACGACCAGGUGAAGAUCAUGCCGGGCUAAAGUCUAGAGCAGAUCAUGACUCGGCUAACACCUGUCACUGUCACACUACUGGAUCAUGCAGACAGUGCAUGCACCUGCUCUACUGGAUGCAAGUAUGCACGCGUAGCAGAAUGUUAGUUUACUUUCACACAAACCCUGUUGUUACUAACAUAGCCAUAAGCUACACGACUGUACUCAAUCAUUCACCAAAGUCUUCAAACUAGUAACAGCCACCCUGGUAAUAUGAUACUUGCUGAAUCUAGCACAGCAAAGGGCCUUUGGUAUUUGUUUUUACUUUUUAGCAAUACACAAAAUUCCUGAUUUUUACCUGCUGCAUUGUACCUCAAAGUGUAGCUAGCUAGCGCUGUUGUCCAAGUUUUUUUAAAUACUUUUAUUCUACAGAACGAACAGAUGGAGACCAAUGAAGGAGCGGCAAAACGCUUCAUACUCACAACAUUCACAAAUGAGAAAUAGAAAACCUCCCGCCAUCAAAAUCACAAAACAAGAAAAUUAUUUUACAUGUACAAUGAAAAAUCUAGGUUGAACAGUCAUGAUAUUCUUCAAUAAAACAUCUCUGCAUGGCACGUAACACACUCCCAGUAGGAAAUGACUUUGAUUAAAUAUACUUUCGUUGAGAUUUCCAAUUAGCCGUUCCUCUCUUUCAAGUUUCGUUUUUAACACUAUCAUUUUGUUCACAAAAGGCACCCCAUCUUCUGCUCCUUUCUCUA